UCAUCGACAGGCUCAUACAGCAACCAUGAUUUCUCUGGUCUUCGUUCUGCUCAUUGGAGCCGCUUUCGCCACGGAGGACGACAAGAUUGUCGGAGGGUAUGAGUGCAAGGCCAACUCCCAGCCCCACCAGGUGUCUCUGAACUCUGGGUACCACUUCUGUGGUGGCUCCUUGGUCAAUGAGAACUGGGUUGUGUCUGCUGCUCACUGCUACAAGUCCCGUGUGGAGGUGCGUCUGGGCGAGCACAACAUCAAGGUGACUGAGGGUAGCGAGCAGUUCAUCUCUUCAUCCCGCGUGAUCCGUCACCCCAACUACAGCUCCUACAACAUCGACAAUGACAUCAUGCUGAUCAAGCUGAGCAAGCCCGCCACCCUCAACACCUACGUGCAGCCUGUUGCUCUGCCCAGCAGCUGUGCCCCCGCUGGCACAAUGUGUACCGUCUCUGGAUGGGGAAACACCAUGAGCUCCACUGCUGACAGCAACAAGCUGCAGUGCCUGAACAUCCCCAUCCUGUCCUACAGCGACUGUAACAACUCCUACCCUGGCAUGAUCACCAACGCCAUGUUCUGCGCUGGAUACCUGGAGGGAGGCAAGGACUCUUGCCAGGGUGACUCCGGUGGCCCUGUGGUGUGCAAUGGUGAGCUUCAGGGUGUUGUGUCCUGGGGUUACGGAUGUGCUGAGCCCGGAAACCCCGGUGUCUACGCCAAGGUGUGCAUCUUCAAUAACUGGCUGACCAGCACCAUGGCCACCUACUAAGUCUGAUCCUAGCUUCGGUCCUCCAGCAUGGUCCCAGAACUCUACAACAUCCUGUGCAGUUCAACAUCUACCUUUUAUACUGGAGAUUAAAUACUAAUGACAAAUAAAACAUUUAACAUCAUUUGAGUUACUGUGUCUAUUCCCAAGGUAUAAAACUUUAAAACUAUAAAAAUUAAUAUACUGUAGAAGGUACUUCUUACAUGCAUGCAGCAUAGAACACAUGUUCAUGAAUGUAGUAGUGCAAUAGUAUGUUCUGUAUGUCAUCAAAGGAGUGUUGAUUGCAAGUGGAAUGUCUCAAUUUGUGUUGGUUUAUAAAUGCUGUAACUAUAACAGCUUAAAGCACUUCUAAUGUACAUGUACCGUAGGUGUUUUUAAGGCUUCAAUAAACUAUAAGGGAUAAGUCCGAA